UCAAACUUCAACUUAAGCUGUCAAAUUUUGGAGGGAAUUUAACGGAUUUUACUUGCAGUUCGUGGCAUUUAAUUCCCUUUAAAUUUGUUUAUACUUAGGAUUUUAUGUUUAUAAUAUGGCUCAACCUUCAGUUGCGUGCUAUUUUAACAACCGAAAACGAAUAGCUGCUGAAGACAUCAAAAUCAGUCAGGCAAGAAAAGUUUUAAUAUUAGAUUCUAACGAAAUUAAGACUCCUCUUAAAGAGGGGUUAGAUACACACAAAGGUAUUAUCUUAUCCAACGUUCCACAGGAUCAACCGAGUCUUUAUAAUGGAGAAUCAAGUGAAAAGAUUCAGAAAUUACAAGAAGAGAAAAUUGGCGAAAGUAAAAUUGUAAAAAUUUCAAGUUCAGUGUCCAAAGUUACAUUGAAGAAAAUAGUUCGUUCGAAAACUAGAAAGUUAAAAAGCAGUACUAAUAAUACAAAUAUUCAAGAACUUUUUAAUAAAAUGAACAAAGCUACGACAGUUUUGUCAGAAGAACAAUCUGAACUUAUUUCAGCUCAAGAGAAGACACCAGAAUGUAAACUUCAUGUAACUCCUCCUUCUACACCUACAAAAAUAAAUGCUAUGGAUAAAGUUAUUAGAGACGGACCUUCCCUCAAAGAAAUCAAAAAUAAAAUGACGAGAAGUGCUAGAUUAUCAGAAUUAAAAGCUUCUUUGAACAGAUUCCAAGACAAAGAAAAACAGCUAAAAGAAAUUGAGAAAAAAACAUCCCAAAUCCCUGAAUCUCCAAAACUCAAAGGAUUUAGAACAAUAGAGCUCGAAGUUCAAACAAGUCCACAGAAGGUAUUUUCACCAGAACAAGCCUACUUAAGUCCCAAAAAGGAUGGUUCAAGUGUUCGUAAAAAUCUUUUGAACCUUUUAACACCAACCAAAAAUGCACUCGCCUUGCCAUUACUAAGUGUGUCGAAGGAAUUAUUUGCAGAGACCUCAAAACCUGGUCUUACAUUGCCAUAUAAAUAUAGAUUUUUAGCAGAAAUAUUUAGAGCAAUUGAUACAGUGGCACAAAUUUUAUUUAACAGAAAGGAAGUCAUAACAUUUAGAAAGUUGAAGCCAGCAGUAGAGGAAAUGUUAAAAAGAAAUUUUAUGGAGAAGCAUUUGGCACAAAUAAAGACUGUUUAUCCAGAUUCCUUUGUGUUUUCACAAGAACAAUUAAAAUUGUUUGGAAUGGGUAUGAGGGCAGAACAGUGGGAACUAGUGAUUAAACCAAAUAUUGGUGAUAAUGAUAGCAUGACUGCAGAACACAUGCUAGAGAGAAAGAGAAAACUUUACAAUAUUUUAUUGGACAAAGUAAAAGACUAUCAUCAGGAGUUUUUGAUGACUUUAGAUGUACCGCUGCAAAUACCAAAGGAUAAAGUUACAAGGUGGCAUCCAGAAUUUGAUAUAGAAAAGGUUCCAGAUUUUGAACUGUCUUCAAUUCCGCAGGCGCCAUGCGAGGAUAAAAUUACUACCGGUAAAGAUGUGUUGGAAAGGGCUAGGGUUCUCUUUAACUGUAACACCCGUAUGGAGACUGCUCUUCAAAAACUGAAGGAAGCGAAACAAACACAAACCCCCGUACCUGCCGCGGAUACAUGUAAAGCAAUGCCACAAUCACUAUUAAAAGGUAUACCACCCGCCUUAUUGGAGAAAGUCCGCCAAAAACAGGCAGCCAAAGCUUUGCUCUCCAUGACGAGAUCAGCAGACAAGGAAAAAGAAGUUCAAAUAUAUUCUCGACUUCCGGAGUUAGCACGUCUCACCAGGAACCUUUUUGUGUCUGAGAAAAAGAGCGUUCUACUCUUAGAAACCGUUGUCGAUAAGUUAGGAAACUGCUACAGAGGAAACCUGACCAAAACGGAAAUGGAAGACCAUCUGAAGGUGAUAGCGACAGAAGUUCCGAGUUGGAUGGUAUUCCACAAUAUUCGGAAUAAAGUCUACGUUAAAAUCAAUAAAAAUGCCGAUUUAAGUCUGGUAGUAAACAAACUCGACAUGUUGUGUAAGCAGAAGAAUGAGACUUAAGGUGGUUUUUGUAUGAUGACUAUAGUGUUAGUAUACUAAAGUGUGUUCAAAAUGUCUGUACUGAUUUAUUAAUUUUUUUUAAUUGCGACCAAAGUCAUCCAAUAAAUAUUUAUAAUAAA